AUGUUGAGAAGCAUCAAUCGUGUCAGCGCUCUCUCGCUUCGUCGGUUUGCCUCGCUUGGAUUUCCUUCCACCACUGAAAGCUACCCCACAAAUCACCUUCCCAGCGGGAGCGAGCCAUAUUUGACGCCGUCGUUCCACAACAACAAGUUGGUUAAGUCUGAGCUGGCCACGUGGUAUGAUAUCCACGAUCCAGCCACCAACCAGCUCAUUGCCAAAGUUCCCCAGUCCACGCCUGAGGAAUUGGACCAGGCAGUUGCUGCUGCAGAGGAAGCAUUCCACACAUGGAAAAACUACUCCGUUAUCCGGCGCCAAGGCAUUGCUUUCCGCUUUGUGGAGCUUUUGCGCCGCAACCACGACCGUCUUGCUGGCAUGAUCGUGUUGGAACAGGGAAAGACUUUUGCCGAUGCAAAAGGUGACGUUUUGCGGGGCUUGCAAGUGGCCGAAGCUGCGUGCAAUGCGCCACAAGACUUGAUGGCAUCUUCUUUGGAAGUGGCUACAGACAUGGAGACCAAAAUGGUGCGUGAGCCGUUGGGUGUUGUGGGAAGUAUUUGUCCCUUCAACUUCCCAGCCAUGGUGCCAUUGUGGAGUUUGCCGCUUGUGAUGGUCACUGGAAACACAUGUGUGCUCAAGCCGCUGGAGCGUGUUCCAGGCGCAGCAAUGAUUAUUGCAGAGUUGGCUGCGGAAGCUGGUGUUCCACCUGGAGUGGUGAACAUCGUGCACGGUAAGCAUGACACCGUCAACAAGAUCAUUGAAGACCCACGCAUCAAAGCAGUGACUUUUGUUGGUGGUGACGCUGCUGGUAAAUACAUCUACGAGCGUGCUUCUGCCUUGGGCAAGCGCGUGCAAGCAAACCUUGGGGCCAAGAACCAUAUGAUCGUUUUGCCAGACGCAGACAAGAACCAUUUUGUCAAUGCACUUAGUGGUGCAGCAUUUGGUGCUGCGGGUCAGCGGUGCAUGGCGAUUUCUGUUCUUGUUACGGUGGGCGAGAAAACUAAGCUGUGGGUAGAGGAUGUGGCUCGCGAUGCAGCGGGUCUUACUGUCGGUUCCGGUUUCGACUCCAAAUCAGACUUGGGCCCAAUGAUAAGCCCAGAGGCAUUGCAGCGUGCACGCGAGAUUAUCAGUGAUAGCGAAAAGGCUGGAGCCACUGUGCUUCUUGAUGGCCGGAAGCAAGAAAUGCCUGCUCCUUUUACAGAGGGCAACUUCUUGGGCCCAACAAUCUUGACUGGAGUGAAACCAGGCAUGCGUGCGUACGAGGAGGAGAUUUUCGGUCCUGUUUUGGCUGUCGUGAAUGUGGACACUUUUGACGAAGCCAUUGCGUUGGUGAACGCCAACAAAUACGGAAACGGUGUGUCUUUGUUCACUCAAUCUGGCGCAGCAGCACAUAAAUUCACCAAGAACAUUGCAUGUGGCCAGGUGGGUGUGAAUGUGCCUAUCCCAGUGCCUUUGCCCAUGUUCUCUUUCACUGGUAACAAGGGCUCGUUCUUGGGCGACUUGAACUUCUACGGAAAGGCUGGUGUGACAUUCUUGACACAGCCAAAGACCAUUACGUCUUUCUGGCGCACAAGCAAUGUGGACGAGGUUUUGGCUCCAUCCACAGCUAUGCCCGUGCAACAGUAG